GAUACCGACAUGUUUUGGGAUUUUCUCUCUUUAAGACCUGAAUCAACUCACCAAGUUAUGUUUUUAUUUUCGGAUAGAGGAAUUCCCGAUGGUUAUCGUCAUAUGAAUGGUUACGGUUCUCAUACGUUCUCAUUGGUGAAUGCCAAAGAUGAAACAGUUUAUUUAGACAAAGCGACUGAAUUGAGUGCUAGUACUCCCGAUUAUGCGAUUCAAGAUCUUUACGAUGCAAUCGCCAAGAAUGAAUAUCCAACUUGGACAUUCUAUAUUCAAGUGAUGACUCCAACACAAGCAAAAUCUUUUAAAUGGAAUCCUUUCGAUUUAACCAAGGUAUGGCCUCAUGAUGAAUAUCCACUCAUCCCUGUCGGUAAGUUAGUACUGAACCGAAAUCCUGAAAAUUACUUCGCUGACAUAGAGCAAAUAGCCUUCGAUCCGGCUCAUAUGGUACCUGGUAUUGGAGCAAGUCCUGACAAAAUGCUACAAGGUCGAAUGUUCGCUUACGGUGAUGCUCAUAGACAUCGUCUUGGCCCAAACAAUCUGCAAUUACCAGUGAAUUGUCCAUUCAAG